AUGGCUUGUCUCGGGCGUGACGAGCUACUCGAACUGCGUGGGCAGCACGCCAGUCCAAGUGCAGAGCCUUUGCAAAGUCCAAAAUGCCUCCUGGUGCCUGGUAGCCUGGUGGCGGCACCGACAGAUGUUGCGACAUUCGAAGAGGAAGCCUUCGUGUCUUUCUUGCAGGUGGCUGGUCGGCCUUUGUCGCUACGUACACUCAUUUCUUUGGCCGAGACUUUCCAGCUUGGUAUGUCGGACCAGCGCCACGACACCGUGGCAAAGGUGAAGAGAAGAAAGGGCAAGAAGCGGCAGCCCGCAGUGCCGGAAGGCGACGAAGAGCAGGAAGAAGGAGAUGAAGAAGACGAAGGAGCCGAGGAGAAUGGCGGCGAAGUAAACUCGAAGAGUAGCAGACGAGCUUCCUUUGGAGCAAACUGUUCUACCGAGGAUUUGGUCCGUACCUGGAUCCAGAGACGCCCCGAUCUCUUUCGCCCUCGACUCACGCCGCUGGAACUGGACACGGAGGUCGAGCUCGCGUGCUCCGUGCCCUUGGUCACAUUCCAGCUGCCCCCUUUUCGGAUUCUUUCUGAGGCCCCCACUGACAACGAUCCAGAGAAACAUCUGCAGCGACUGUCGAGGUCGCUCUACGAAGCCGAGCCGAACUACCUCGCUGUCCUGCCGAAAAAUGCAGAGGAACUUUCGGAGAGCAAAGCAGAGAAUUUCUUGCAGCUCGCGGCACUGCAGGACUCGCUCCUCACCAGCGUCUACGGACAUCUGAAGAAGAAGAUGCAUCGCGUUCAAGGCCCGGCCAUCGUGCCAAAGAGGUCCGGAGAGGAUGACACGCAGCAUCUUCUCCGAGCUUUUCGCAAGCACGUGGAAAAGGAAGGCUAUCUGUCUUCUGCGGCCGUUCGGGCGGAGCUGGAUUCCAUCUGUAGCUUGCGAGAAUGUUCACAGACCCAGCUUCUGAAGGACCAGCGGCUCGGCCCCAUUUUCCUCGCCCAGAUGAAGAUGCAGAUGUUCAUCGACACCACGAUUUGGGUGGCCAUCACCUCAUGGCCCAUCGUUACCUACCACGACCUGGAAUCUACGAUUAUGAAAGGGGCCGACUUCCAACAGCAGCAUCGCUUUGCCGACUGUGGGCUGGGAAGCCUUAUCUAUCAUCCCAUGGUAGCCCACUUCUUCUUCGGACAUGAGGGCGACAAGGAUCCGCAGAGCAUGCCGCCCAGGGAGUUUCCCAAGAUCACCAGCGAGCAGCUCCUUUAUCUCAUGGUGAAGGGCUUCUUCAACAAUGAAGGCGAGUUCUUCCACAAGAAGUUCGAGAAAGAGUGGAGUCUGGAAGCAGGCUUAGCUGCCGCUGCCGCGAGUUUGGGUCUGCCCAGCUACAAAGGCAUCGGUGUCUAUGUCCAGCGCGAGUUCGUGGUUAAGCAAGUGCUGAAGCAAGCUUUGCAUCGACGAGAAGCGAUCAUGAGGCGGUGCAAGGGUGUGAUCCAGGAGAGUGUGAAAGCAGGACAGCUGGGCAGCUUGCCUUCGUGGGACCACAGUCGCUGGGGUCCCUUCUUCAAGAGCCUGAAGAGCUUGAGAUCCCUCCCGGAGCAGGUGGCGUACAUCAAGCAUGUGCUGCAGAAGGAGGUCCGUGGCAUUCGCGGUACAGGCGAUCUCGAGGCAGCCGUGGAAAGCAUCUUCACGCCGCUUCUGUUGCUUGCCAUUUCGGCCGCACACGUGUCAAGCAAGGACAAGAGCGGCGACCAGCUGGAGGCCGUUGUGAACACCGCAAGUCAGCUGAAGGAGUUGCUGCCACCGGGUAGCAACUUGGAUGAGCCGGCCCAGGCGCUCCGGGCAUUCCCAUCCCGUGAGACAUCGCUCGCCAAGGCGCUGCUGGCGAGCGAGCGAGCUGUGGCGCGCAUCUGUGGACUCAGCCACCCAUCUCAGCUGCCGCUGACACUGCCGGAGCUUCUCGAGCUGCGUCCGGAGCUCGCGGAGGCGCUGCCGAAACCGGAGGACUUUGGCCGUGGCGGCGGCGCAUCGGCGGGGCUGUGCGGCGAAAGUGAGCUCACUGUGGUACAGCAUCUCAUAGAGCAGCUGAACGUCUCGCUCCUCUCUCUCGUGGAAAGCGACGUGGGGCUGGCAGACUUGCUGACGGCUUUGGGCCGGAGUGAGGCCGCGAUUUGUCAGCAGUGUGGCGUCGCCUGCUUCGCAGAUCUGCAGCUGGAGGCCUCUUUCGGGGAGCUCAUGGCCCGUCAUAGCGGGGAGCUCUCAAAGCGAAUGGAGCGCUUCGUGCAAAAGGCCAUCCAGGACCACUUCGGACCAGCAGUGACUGCCAAGGAAGUGCGGGUCGCCUUCGACCAAGCAGCUCCUGUGAGCCCUCUGGAAGAUGUGGUGACAGCAGUGGAGUCCGCGCAUGCCCUCGCGGCUCAGACAAGUGGCCUCUGGCGUCAGAAGAGGGCCGCUACGCGAGUCAUGGGGAAGGAGGUGCUGAUGAACCUGCGCGACGUCUUGCCAGACUGGGCGGGCAACUUCCAACCGGUGUUGGGCGACUUCUCCAGCUUCCUGUUCCCCGGCUGCAGGCACUCCAGCAGCUUCCGAGAUGCCUGGGGACAGCACGCUUGUGGGAGUUUGAUCGUCGAACUUCGUUGGGAAGAGUUUGUCCGCCUGCCUUCAUGCAGUGUCAACGACUUCUUUGCCUGCGUCGAAGCACGUGAUGCCCUCGGCGCAGCCGGCGCCGCCCUGAGGAGGUUGGCUGACCAGUUUGCCAGCGCCGCAGAGGAUGGCUUCAGGCAGAUGACUGCCACCGGCAUGCGGGAGACCUUUGUACUUGAAGCCCUGGCAGCGCUGCCUACGGAGUGGCUGGCGAAGUUUACGGGCAUCACAGAAUGGUUUCUGGACUGGGAAGCCAGAUAUCCAGUGCACACCCCAGGCGACUUCGCAGAAGCAUCCGGCGAAGAAACGGUGGUUCGAGAUCGUGCGCCUGCCGAAGCGCCGCAUGUGCGGCAGAAACGGGAGCAAGCAGAAGUGAGCGAUGCCGAUAGCAGUGAUGGAGGCAUAAUCUCCGAGGGAACCGACAACGAUGAGGAGAGCUCCGAUGCCGUACGCAACGAGGAAUGGGCCAAUCGCAGCUUCACUGGAACGGUGUGCCGAGUGAGUGUGCAUCUUCGUGUCCUCGUGUCGUGA